UGAUAGUGGUAGGGGCGAUAGAGAAGAAGAAGAAGAAGAAGAGUUGGUGGUGGAGUAGGAGCGUAAAGAGAGAGAGAGAGAGAAAGGGAUAGGUCUCUCGGGUGGAAAUUUCGUCGACCGAGAAAGCCCGAGUGAAAAGGGGGUGGCGCGCGUUGGCGAGCAAGGGCGCCAUCUAUUCGUUCAGUACCCGGCCACCCUCGAAACACCCGUCGUGCAUAAACCGCGCUCGUACUUUCCCGUAUAAUUGCGGCGUUUCAGUGGCAGCCGAUCGAGCCAGUGCACCCGUGCCUUAAUAAAGUGACCAGUGUAUGCCUUUGGGGGGAAGGAGAUAGAUAAAGGUCUUCGUCCGCUACUUUUUUCUUCUUUUCUUUUUUCUUCUUUUCUUUUUUUACUUUCUUUUUUUUCGCUUAAGCGCGCUCGACCGUGUAAAAACGGUGUUAACGUUUCACCAGGGGUAAAAAAGAGAAUGGAGGGGGAGGAGGUACCAAAAGCGAAGAGAAAGGGGUGUUAGAGAAGGAAGAAGUAAAAGAAGGGUAAAGUAAGCGGCAGAAUGGACAUACUCCUAAGGGAUAUGAACGUUACGUGGCGAUGACAAGCCUGAUCUUGGAGAACGCGGACUUAAACCGACUUUUUCCAAAAUGCCGGCCUAGGGGCGGCCCACCCCCGCCCCCGGGGGGCUCCACGCAGACCAGCCAGCCGCAUGACGAUAACCCUUGUCAAACGGAGCCCGCCUCUGUUACCACCAUCACCACGUCCUCCACCGUCACGAUUGCCGCCUCUGCUAACGAAACCCCUCCUGCAAAUCUUGUUUCUGUCAUAUCUGACGACAUGAUCGACCUUGAACGCGACACCUCCGACAGGUAUAGGAAACGAGCGAAUGGCAGAAAAAAAUCAGCUUCGCUGUCCCGUAGGACGGCGAGCGUGGUGGCCGGUUAUGGUGCCGAGGGCCAACUGCCGAUCGGUACGUCUACGAAGAAGCCAUUAUCCUCGAGCUCGUCUUCGGCAUCGGGACGAAGCGAAGAUGCACCUCAAUAUGGCAGCCUGGCGGGUAGCGAUCAUCAGACGCAAUCGCAACAAGAGGACAGCGGACCCGAAGAGAGUCCCGUUUACAUUUUGACCUCCGCCAAGGGAGAUCGCAGCUACAAAUUACGAGACUCCAGAAUCAUAGAGAUUGCUGGUGGUCGAGAAGUUUUUUCCCAAAGCCGAGGAAAAGUAGCAGCAAGAAAAUCUCGCUUUCACGCUGCAACCAAUUCAUUAAAUAACGAAGAUACUCAAGGAGAUAACAAGUUAUCCAUUAAGAAAAACAAUAAGUCCCCGAGCACGCAAACUAUAUGGGAAUUACGAAGCCGAUGUGGUGAAACAAGGAAACAACGUACGAAUCGAGAGGUUACAGAAACUGUAUUCUCAUCUGAGGUGCACUCAGUACGACGUAAUCCUACUAAGUCUAUCCUUGAUUACGAUUCUCCUAAAAGUAAUCGUAGCAAUUGUAUUAUUAAUUAUGAUUCGAUUUUAAAUAGCAAUAAUGUAGAAUACAGUGUACCUAAAAGUAUUACUGAUCUGGAUUAUGGAUUACCAAAGAACUGUGUAGAUUAUCAGUCUAACCACACUACACCCGCAAGAAGUAUGGCUAUUGUUAGUGAUGGUGAAGUGGUGGUGUUCGAUGAUAUAGAUGAUAAUUGGCAAGGUCUACGUUUGGAUUUAGCAUCAAAUAAUACAACUCAAAUUACUACAACAAAUAUAGAUUUGGAAACAGAAGAUCCUCAGAGAGGUCGUAUUCCUCCUGAACCACCAAGUUCUAGCGUUGGUAGUACUCCAAGUCCUACAACAGCAUAUCACCAUAAUACAUCUGAAUUCUUUAAGGUCGUAACAACGGCAAGUGAUUGUGAAAUAGAUUCACCUUCGCCAGAGCGUAACCAUAAAGUAGCAAGAGUAAUAGGAGAACUACCAAUUGCACAGUAUUCAGGAAGUCCAAGACGUUAUGGCGUUCGUGAAAAUCCACAACUUCCCAGUUUGUUGUCAUCGCCUUCUGUAUACAUGACACCAAGACCUGGUUUUCCACAAAGAGUAUUACCGACAACACCCAAUCAUAAAGAGAAGGAGGAUACCUCUGCUGAAAUUAUUGUAGAAAAACCUGUGAUAGAAACAACCAUCGCUCACACGGAAGAUCAAUCGAUAAACGUUUCACCAUCGUCUCCAAAAAUUGAAGAUGAAGAAGAAGAUUCAUUGAAACCACCAGCUUUACCUACUGACAAUAUAAGUAGUCUUGUAUCACCAGGUGGUAGUACUUUUGAUUACUUAUAUGAAUUUUCUGAAACUCGAAAAGUAUUAGAAGAAUUCUUCAAAUGUCCACCUCCAUCCAAAGAGAAAGAAAAUAGCAUUGAAUCGUUUCCAUUCCAAGACUUGGAUUAUGAACUGCGAAGACAAGGAGGAAGUGCAUAUGUAGGUCAGCGUUUAGCCAGUGGUCCACCCCCAACUGAGGAGGUUAUGGUGCACGAGUCACCAAAAAAGCAGAGACCUGAUUUUCCUCAAAAUACUGGCGAACAUGAAAACAAUUUUUUAGAUCUCUCAGUAGGCACUGGAAGCAGUGAAGAUCUUGGAGAGACAGAAGUUGGCUUACAGGUUGGCCACUCACGUAAUUUUACUUUAAGUCCUGAAACAACUGACUGUGACAGCAAUUGCGGAGAUUUAGAUAGUGAAGUUUCUCUAAUGAUGAUGGAUAAUGAAUUAAUGCCGGCCAGUGGUUUACUUGGUUCGGUUGGAGAUUUAGGAAAUAACUCGGACUCGCUUAGAAUCUAUACGAGUAUGCCUGUAUUAGAAGAUGGUUUAUCCAGUGGACAUGCCAGUGACACAGAUAAUAAUAAUCCAACAGUAAUGCUUAUGAAACGGCAAAUAAAUGAAAUAGAGAAAGAAAUCAUUCAAAGGACGCGCAAUGACAUGUUAGGAACUGAAAAUGAGCCUGGCAAAGAUGUGAGUUUAAAUGUGACAAAGGAUAUUUUACAUACAUUGAAAACAUCGUCACCUGAUUUGUUUAUUGCGAAAAAGGAAAACUCAUAUGAAACCAAUGAGUUGCAACUUGAUGGAUUAGAUCCUUUGGGUACACCACCACCACCAGCACCGCAAGGUAGACAAAGCGUUAAUUUGGAAAUAGGUGGUGAAGUAGAAGCAGCUAUUAAAGACAUUAGAAUGGCAUUACAAAGAACUAAAACGCUUCCUGUUAAAUCGCCAUCUGAAGAACCACCAGAACCAAGUGUUAGUCCUAUUUGGAUACCAAGUAUAUUGGAUUCCAGGCGGAGAAUAUGUAUGGAAAGUAAUAGCGAGGAUUCGGAAGCUCGACGAGGAGGCGACGAAGCGGACGUAGAAAUUGAGGAAGGUCCGGACGAAGAAGAAGCGGACACUGAUCUUGAGACUGAUCGAUUAUUGGGACAACAAAGAACUGACGAUCAAGGAUUUUAUGACGACAAAGGGUGGCGGAAGCCUAAGACUAGGACAAUGUUACCACCAAUGAGUGCAAAAAUCGCAACUCCUAAGCAAACCCCUCCUAAAACCUUGAGUGUUACUCCUAUAGAAACGCUAGCACCGUCCGAACCUUUGCCAUCUACGUCUACUUCCAUUUCUCCACCUCCUGUAGUAUCUGUUAUUCAAUCAUCACCUUCUGAACGCGAAGUAACUACCCCUACGCAACCUGCAACAAGUCCACAGAAGACCCCAGUCAAAAAUUCUCCCUCGUCCCCUCAGAGUCUGAAGGAAUCCAGCAACAAGGUGAAAAAGGAUAAAGAAGGAAAGAAGAAAAGUCGAAAUAAAGAAGCAUUAUUGGAUGAUCCUUCAGUGUUGAUUGAAGGUGUAUUGUUCAGAGCAAGAUACUUAGGAUCUACACAAUUAGUAUGUGAGGGUCAACCAACAAAGUCAACUAGAAUGUGUCAAGCAGAAGAAGCUGUUUCACGAAUAAAGGUAUGUGCACCAGACGGAGAAACUCAACCUAGUACCGAAGUCGACCUAUUUAUUUCAACAGAGAAAAUUAUGGUUCUUAACACUGAUUUGAAAGAAAUUAUGAUGGAUCAUGCUUUGCGAACGAUAUCCUACAUAGCAGAUAUCGGUGAUUUGGUCGUUCUCAUGGCUCGAAGACGAUUCGUACCGCAUGAGAUGGAGGAAGCCCCCAAGAUAAACAGGACUCCCAAAAUGAUCUGCCACGUUUUUGAAAGUGAAGAAGCUCAGUUUAUUGCACAAAGUAUCGGCCAAGCAUUUCAAGUAGCUUACAUGGAGUUCCUAAAAGCAAAUGGAAUAGAAGAUCAUAGUUUUGUUAAAGAAAUGGAUUAUCAAGAAGUACUUAAUUCACAGGAGAUAUUUGGCGAUGAGUUGCAAAUGUUUGCAAAAAAGGAAAUGCAGAAAGAGGUGGUUGUACCAAAAGCAAAAGGUGAAAUUCUUGGUGUAGUAAUAGUUGAAUCUGGAUGGGGCUCUAUGCUGCCAACUGUAGUUAUAGCUAAUCUGGCACCAGCUGGUGCUGCAGCUCGUUGUGGGCAAUUGAAUAUUGGUGAUCAAAUAAUAGCAAUUAAUGGCGUGUCGUUAGUUGGCUUACCUCUAUCAACAUGUCAGACAUACAUAAAGAACUCAAAAAAUCAAACGGUCGUAAAGUUAACUGUCGUACCAUGUGCACCCGUUGUUGAAGUGAAAAUCAAGAGACCUGAUACGAAGUAUCAGUUAGGAUUUAGUGUACAGAAUGGGGUGAUAUGCAGUUUGUUAAGAGGUGGUAUCGCAGAAAGAGGGGGAGUAAGAGUAGGUCAUAGAAUAAUCGAAAUUAACAAUCAGAGUGUUGUUGCUGUACCACAUGAAAAGAUUGUUAAUCUUCUUGCCACCUCUGUUGGUGAAAUCCUGAUGAAGACAAUGCCCACUUCGAUGUUUAGGCUGUUAACUGGCCAGGAGUCUCCGGUGUACAUAUAAACGUUCAGUUGCCUGGCUGAUGCGUAGUGAACAGACAAUACAUCCGCCAUCCACUACCACAUUAUUUACCACUUUAUUGUACAGAUUAUUUCACGCAAAUUGCUUUGUGUUUCAAUUCCAUUGGAGCAGUUCAUACAUCACCAGCGCUCCUGCUUAGUAAACCAAGACUACCUAGGUAGGUUACUGAAACGUUAUUGAAUAUUUACUCGAACAUAAUUUAUAUAAUUAUUGUGAUUACCUUAAAUAUACAUAAUAUAUAUAUAUAUAUAAAUAUAUACUUUAAUUAAAUUAAUGAGAUUUUCUAUGGCAAGUCCUUUGAAAUGCCUUUGAAAAAUUCACUCUUGAAAAAUUGCAUUCCCAUGAAGGAGAAUAGUUGGUCCUAGUGUCUAAAGCUUCAAGCAAGAGUUGCAACUACUCACACGAAUAUGAUGCAAUAAUUCUUGAGCAAAAAGAAUAAUAAUAAUAAUAAUAUUAAUAUUAAUAAUAAUAAUAAUAUUAAUAAUAAUAAUAUUAAUAAUAAUAAUAUUAAUAAUAAUAAUAAUAAUAAUAAUAUUAAUAAUAAUAUACUUCUCUUGCUUUUCAUAUCCGUCAUUUUCUCUUUCCACAUAAAAGCAAUCUUGUAUAAUGUACAAAAGGAAAGACAAAAAAAUUACUAAGGAGAUACAUCCUUUAGACAUAUGUAAACCGAUUUUAAGAUUAACAUAAAAUCUACAGUGCAUGUGCAUCUGUAUAGUAACAAUGCUAAAGCAUUCAGGCUAAUCAGAAUCAUUGUAAUUGAUAUAAAUGUAUAUGCUUUAUUUUAUGUAAAAAAAAAAAGAGAAAAAAUGAUACUAAUCUCUAAUAUCAAUUGCCAUAGAGGAUCACAUUAUUUGCGCCAAGAAAGACGCUAGGCGAUGCAGAUGAUGCAGUGCACAUGAUUAUAAAUAGCACAAAGCUCUUUAUUGAUAUUUAGAGCAGGGCUGAAUUGUGUAAUAUAUUAUAGCUAAUGACGUAGUAAUAUUUAUAAAACAUGUUGUCUCUUCUCAUCUUUUGGAGACUCAAUUUCAAAUCAUUCAUUUAAUCUUUUUUAUCCUUAAGCUCGUCAAUGCUUGAGGAGGCCAAUUGCCCAAAUUUAUUAAUUUAUACUAAACUACAAUUUGUCUAUUAUAAAAUUUUCAAUGCAUAAGUCUCGUGAUAUAUACAUAUAUGUGUACAUAUGCAUAUGAAUAUAUGCAUGUGUGUACAUGUAUGUCUCUCAUCAUAGUUAUAUAUAUAUAUAAAUAUAUAUAUAUAUAUAUAUAUAUAACUAUAUGUCAUACAUAUAUAUGUCAUAGUAAUUAUAUAGAAGAGUCAGCAAAACAUAAAAAAGGGAGUUCCCUGAACCACUUCAUUCCUUAAUAUUCUGUUUAUUUUUUUUUUUUUAUUGUUUUUUUUUAAAGCAGCUUUGCUUUAUUACCUCUUUCUAUAUUAUUGAAUAGUGACAUUUGUAUAGAAUAUGCGUACGUAUAUAUGCAGAUAUCAACAGGGCUAUUAUAUGUAAUUCUAUUGUAACAAAUUGAAUAUAUAUGAUAAUGAUGAAGCAUGAAUAUAAAAAAUAUAUGUACAAAAAAGUACAAGAAAAAGAUCUUAUAUUCGCAUAUAGCCCAAAAGAACAGACGCGAAAUGCAUGUCGCACAAGUUAUAUUCGAUAGCUGCUGAUUUGAUUGGAAUAUUAUAGAAAAUAAUUAUAUAAAUAACAUUUGCAUUUUAAUGAGAUUAUUUUAUGGAUAAAGAGUUGUAUUUAGCAAAUGUAUAUUUAUUAGAAUAAUCUGAGUUAUUGUUUUCCUUGAUUUCUGCAGAUGUGUAAAAAAGAAAUUGAGGGUUGGCCAUAAGAAAUAUUAUUAUAUACAUGACUUAAACAACUAAUUGCGUACAAUAUUUAUAUACUAUGACAAUGUAAAAACUGCUAAGCUGACAGAUUUCAAUAAGGCUUGUGUAAGCCUUUUAUUUUAGUCAGCAUAUGAUGAAUUGGUUAUUCAGAAGAAUUCCUAAAUAUUAUAGCGUUGCCAUACUUGUGAUCAUAUUAUAAGAGAUACAAUUUAUUUUACUGAAACUUUUAAAUCUUCACACAUUCUCACCUAGGCAAAAUUUCCUCUAGAUAUUCUUAUUGGAGUCUGUAGUGGCUGGUUGUGCGCACUUAGUGUAACUUUAAAAUGCAUUGAUAUGCAAUGUAUAAUCCAUUACACUUGAGUCACUGUAGCACUGUGUAUUAUAAAAUUGUUCUAAAAUAUACAGACUGAUGCAAUCUAUGCUAUAAAAAAAAUAUAGGAUAAAUUAUCCAUUCCACAUAUAUGUAAGCUAAAUAAAAUAUACCAUCAAUGAAAUGGUACCUCUCUUCUAUAUAAGUACUGUGUAUUAUAAUAAUCUAAGUUGUAUCUAUUUUUGCUGAAAAUUUCUCACCUUUAAACUAUUCUGCUUAGAAUACCAAGAAAUAUAUGCGGUGGUGCAAAUUUUAGAACUCCUGGUGUUUGAUAAAAUUUCAAUGCCAAAGUACAUUAAGUAAUUAACAUUUUAAAGUUGAAUUUUAUGUGCAUGUGAUUUGAACUGCAAAUAAUCAUUUCAAUAAACAAUUUGGAAUAUAUUUAUAAAAUUCUAUUCUCUAGUAAUUUUAUAAAUAAAAUUUUCAAAUUUAAAGAAUAUGUUAAAAUUAUCUCACUGCUUUUUUGGCAUUCUCAUAAUAAAUUAAUAAAUAAUAACAUUCCAUAUUUUUGUUUGAAGCAAAAGUUGUUGAUUACAUUAUUAAAGUAAUAGCUAAUCCACUAUUUCCUAACAUUUCUUACGUAAGAAUUCUCUGUGAAAGGUGAAGAGAGAAUAUAUAAAGACAUAAAGUUCAAGGAAGAGUUGAGGACAACAAUUUAAUAUUGUCAACAUAUUAGUCAGAUUUAAAAUUGCAUUAGACUACUUUGGGGAGAAUGAUUACGUUAGAAAUGUUUAUUGAAAUAUAUAUAAAACUAAAAUAAAUGAAUAAAUAAAGAAAGAAAGACAUACGUAAAUAUACAUGUAAAUGCAUAGGUUACAACAUAAGUCAUAGCAAAAGGAGAAAAGAUAAUUGAUUAAAAAAGAAUAUAUAAACUGUACAAAAUAAAUGUUUCGUUGUUGUUUAAAUUUAUGAGUUGUAAAAGAAAAAAAAUAAUAUAUAUCAUAACUUCAAUUUAGUUUACAUGGACAGAGGAAGAACUAUCAGGUACAAGUUCAUAUACAUAUUUUUUAAAUGAGAAUGUAAAAACUCAUGUGGAUAAACUUUUCUUUAUACUUUGAAUUAAUUUUCCAAUGAAAACAAUCCCCUUCCUCCAUAUAUAUAUAUAUAUAUAGAUAUAUAUAUACACUCACACAUAUACAUAUAGACUAUGAAUAAUGUUCUGACCUAUGUACAAUAAUUCUAUUAAUUGAAAAAAUAUAUAGAAAGCAUAUUAUAAAUUGCAUAUCACGAAGAAAUCUAUAUCAUUAGAAACUACACACAUUCAUUCUUUAUGAAUAAAUCAUAUUUAAAAUAUGUGCAGAAAGUAUUCUACUUUGCAGAAAUAUCCAGAUUUUUGGAUUUAUCGUGUCAGUGUGUACCAAUUAAAAAGGCAAUGAAUUUUGGCAUAGAAAUUUUUAUCCAUAUAUUUGAUGAGCGACAGAGCGGUACGAAUAUGAUAUAUGGGAUCAAACAAGAUGUUAUUAGAUUGGGUGGCUGAAACUUAUCUAGUCAUUAUGCUAAAAAUAUAUGAAAUUAAUACUCAGCCAUUGCAAGCCACCCUGACUGAAUGUGUCUAGCCACAUUUUAAAUAACAUGUCUGCAAAUAACUAACUGUCCAUCUGAUCUUGCAUGGUCAUCUCUUUUGUCUAUUACAAUUAAAAUAUAGUAUUACGUAGAUUACUGUUAAAAGUAUAUAUUAAGUGUCUUAUCUCCGUGUAUCGUUUAUACAUAUAUAUAAAUAUAUAUAAAUAAAUAAAUAAAUAUAUAUAUAUAUAUAUAUUAUUUUUAUUUUAUAUUUCUAAUUUAAGUAGUUCGAAUUAUUUUAUGUUCUUACGAUAUAUGGCUUGUUAUGGUCACAAUAAAGAAUAAGUAAGAUCUAUUCGCAAAAAUAUAAAUCUACAAAAAUAAAUCGAUUAAUGGAUAUCGAAUAAUAUAUUUGAAAUUAAUCUAAGAAUCUUUCUGAACAUAUAAAUUACUGGAGAAAAUAUCUUUUGCUAGAUAAAUAUAACUGUUAUAACGCGAUAAAUGUAAUGCCAUAGUAAGCCAAAGAUUACUUCCAGAUUUUUGUAAAAUAUUAUAUUUAUGUUUUUCAACAACGUGACAAUGAUAUGAUUGUGCAAUGUCAGUAAUGAGGAAUAGAUUCAAAAUUGCAGGGAGAAUCGUUACCGAAAAAUAUUCGAAAUAAAAACCGUUCGUAAGAGAAAUGAAAAUAAUUAUAUCUUAUACAUUCAUAGAGCUUGCGCUGUAGCUUCACUAGUCAUGAGAGACACACUACAAAAUAUCAUGACUAAUCUCUCUAUCAAUGUGUGUGUUUGCGAGUGUAUAAUAAGUUAAAAUUAUAAGUGAGCUAUAUUGAAUGUGUAUAUGGUAAUUACUAUACUAGUCCGUAUUAAGGUAACAAUAAAAUGUAAUUUUGAAUUCAAAUUCAAAA